GAGAGUCAAAAAUAAUUCAUAAGUUCUAUAAGAUUCGUAUUCAUGGGCCAAUAUGACGCAUGCCCUUAUACAGCGGUAGCACCAUGGGUAAACCGUUCAACCAUGUGGAUGAGCCGAUUGCCUCGAGAGAACACACAGAAUUACAGUAUGUAUGUAUAUUCUGUACCAGCUUGGCUCAUGUCUCUCCAUCCAACAUAGGUAAAAUGUUAUACCAAUGGCAGCUUACUGUUAGGUUACAUCCAAGAAUACAAAACCUAAAAGAUAUUCCUUAUGAAUUAAUUAGGCUCCCACUAUACACUACUAACACUUUCACACAAAUUGACACAACUGACUAUUGAAGGCGGAAUAUGCAAUUUCAGCACUGUUGCGGUCCAAGUGCAUAAACUGUAGCGAUUUUGAUAAUUAAAAUUAGCGAGCAUCGAAAACAAAUGAGUAUUAAGACAAUACUUUAAGUAUUUGUAAAUUUAAAUAUGUUAAUAGUACGUACGAAUGCAGGUUAUUAAUUAAUUCUCCGCCAUACAUUAAUAGUUAUAGCAUAUUUAUGAUUUAUCUUAUAAAUUGAUAAGAUUUUCCAAAAAGGAACUCAUUAACUUAUUAAUUCAACAAAAUAAAAUAAUAAUAUCAACCAAAAAAUAAUAAGUUUGUCUUUGUAUAUCUGUCUAUGAUUCUUUUAACUUGGACCAAACAUACUUUGGUCUAACUUGAAGUCAUAGUCAAAGAAUAGUAUGCAAUCAUUCAAUAUAGUCCAUCAUAGGUUGACUGGUAGUUCUAAAAAAUAAGUUAAGAAUAUCAACUAAAUAAAAUAUUAAUCAUAUCUGCCUAAUUUCUUAUGACUUGGACCAAACGUAACUUCCAUGUAACAUGAAGUCAUAGUCAAGGAGCUGUAUGCAAUCUUUUAAUUUAAUCCAUCAUAGGUUGACUAGUAUACAUUUUCAUCUCAAAGCUUAGGGUUUAUUUAAUAAAUAUAAAUACUAAUUUAUUUAUUUUUAUCAUGCAAUUAUUCAUCACAUAUUUUUAUCAAUACUUUCAUCAUAAUCCAUCUUUUUGAGAAUAAAUAAGUGACGACAUGACUUAUCUUAAACAUAAAAUGAGAGAAAAAAGCUAGUAAUAUAAUAUAAAGUAUUAGUUACGUUAAAUUAAAAAUGAUGUGACACAUUUUAAAAUUUACUUUGGUUUGCCGUCCCUGCAAUGAACCUUGGCUCUUACACUAUUAUCAGAACGUCGACUAACAUACCAUUUUUGCUGUGUCAAACUGUAACAUAAAGCGCAAUGUUGCAAUGCUGUUGUAUUGACGUCACAUUCUCAUAAUGCUUGAGCUCUUUGAUUGCUAUAAAUACAAACCAUACUGACGUGCUAUAAAAAUGAUUACAAAUCCAUUUCUUUAUAUGAUUUUAUAGCUUGCACUGUGAUGUAAGAAUUAUGUAAAUUGUUAAAUUGCAUUAUUCAACUAUAAAUCUAUUGAAAUGGUCCGACAUCCGGUUGCUAAGUUGAUGAUAUUUUAACGAGUAAACAAUUAUACCAUGGCUUUGUCUCUUUAUUAAUUAGGUAAUUAUUGUAGUGAGGGAUAAAAACCUGUUUUUAUUCCCACAUACCAACAACUAUCAAACAAAAGUUAUAAGGCAAAGAAGUCAAACCUAAGAUGUAGAUAGAUAAUUUAUAUACUCUUUAUUGCACACCAAAAAAGUUGUUACGGUGUCGUAUCGUUAAAAAGCGAUCUCUUCCAACCAACCUUCAGAACAUUACUACUACAGUACUAAAACAUAUUAUAUUGAUUGACCAAUAAUUACGUAGGUAAAGUUUAUUAACUAUGUACUUCAUUAUUAUGAUCAAUCGAAUGAAUUAUGAGAACAAACCAAAACAUUGUAAAACUAACUUUCGGAAGCGUAAUAAUUGCAAUCAGGCUGAGUUGCACCAUUUUAUUUAAACUUUAAAAAUCGUCAAAAAUCUGUCUCAAACUCCUGGUGUGGACAAACUGGUCAUUGUCAUAGUUAAGGUCAUAGGUAAAUUGGUGCAAAUCAACCUUAGUCUUAUAUUUUAUAUUAAGUAAAUCAAGAUAAUUAUCAUGUUAUCAUUUCAAGUUUAAUUUAAAACUAAUAACGUCAAAUAUUUUGAAAUGUUAAAUAUACCCACAAAAUCAUGCAAUAUUUACUAUGUUUUAGUUUAAAUCAAAUCGUGAUUUUGUAAUUAUAUUUAAUUUGUCUUCACCGUAGUAUAUUUUCAUACAGGAAUUCGCGUCAUCGCCCCAGUUUUCGUAAAUACCUGAGUGUGCAUAAGCAUUAGGCCCGGCGUGAACGCAAUGCGCAAGCUGUAUAAAUCGACUGCAGAAAGUGAUAAUAUUUUUUCAAUAAAUUUCGAAUAUUAUGUUACAUAAAAAUAUAUGUUCAUGACACAAAUAUUUUGUAUUGAGCGGGAAUCGAACAUGCAACCUCUGUUAUAGCGUACCGAACUACCGGUACGCCACUACUCCAUAGGAGCAUUGUUUUCUCGGUACGUAACGUUUGCGAUGGGCCUAACCUUAUUGCUGAAUUAUCAAUAUUUUCCCUUUAAAUUUGGGGGCUCGCAGUAUGAGCUUCAUUCUGUAUUUCGAAGUGCUUCAGAAGGAGGAACUAGCUCCAGUGACGUCACAUCUUGAGUAAAUUGUGAGUGUUCAAUAUGUCUGACUCAGAGUUUGAAUCCACAUUCGGUGGGAGUUCCACCUCCAUCAUCGCUAACCCUCGUAAACAUACGAAGAAGAGGAAGACUGCGCCAACUUCAUCAAGAUCAGACUCUGAGUGUGAAACUGUGCAGCCAGCAGCGCUGAAAAAGAAACCUGUAGCUUCUAGACCUCGAGCUCCAACGAAGAGUUCUACGGAUCUGUUCGGGCUACUAUCCGACGAAGACGAAAGUGUCGCCAUCGAAAACUCUCAACGACUAAAAGUCGGUCGUCAGCAGCUGGACAGCAGCCUGACCUCGAAGGUGGCCAACGGUGUCGUGCGGCGAACGGUUCCGCUCGAGGGCGCUUAUUACGUGGAGGUGCGUGUUUACAACACCAGGGACGCGCUCAAGACGCCGCCCGCGGAUCGCUACAAGAAGACGCUGCACACGCUGAAGGUUCAGCUUAACACCGAGACAUCGCAGUGGCGGGAUCUUCAAAAAUUUAUGAAGACCACGAAGAAAUUGUUUGAAGACCGCGAGCCAAUAUUUUAUAAUAAUAAAAUAAACUUUAAAUCUUAG